CUCGGCGGCUAGCAUCUCUCCUCAGUGUAAUUAGUUGAGACGCACCGGCUCCAUCAACAUCACGGUGCUGUUAGGACUGAACUGACUCUUAAAAUUCACACACGACACAGACAGACCGCGCACACCGAAGGGACACACAGUAUAGGAAUCCAAUUAUCAAAUCACUGAAGAUGAUUAAGCUUUUUUCCCUGAAGCAGCAGAAGAAAGACGAGGAAUCUGCUGGAGGAAACAGAACAGGAGCCGGGGGUAAAAAAGCCAGCGCGGCCCAGCUCCGAAUACAGAAAGACAUCAAUGAGUUGAACCUGCCAAAGACAUGUGAGAUCAACUUCCCCGAUGACGAUGACCUCCUCAACUUCAGACUCAUCAUCUCACCAGACGAGGGCUUUUACAAAGGAGGAAAAUUUGUCUUCAGCUUUAAGGUAGGACAGGGUUACCCCCACGACCCCCCCAAGGUAAAGUGUGAGACGAUGGUGUAUCACCCCAACAUCGACCUGGAAGGAAACGUCUGCCUAAAUAUCUUAAGAGAGGACUGGAAGCCCGUGUUGACAAUAAACUCCAUCAUCUACGGUCUACAGUAUCUAUUUCUAGAGCCUAACCCAGAGGAUCCGCUGAACAAGGAGGCAGCAGAAGUCCUUCAGACGAACCGGCGGCUGUUUGAGCAGAACGUCCAUCGCUCUCUGAGGGGCGGUUACGUGGGUGCCACCUACUUCGAGAGGUGUCUUAAAUAACUCGGCGUCCUGUGAUUCUCCAAACUCCCCCACCCCUCCCCCUACACUCCUCCUCCCCCUCUGCCCCCCCCCUUUUACUCCUCAGUCCUGCUUGAUGGCAGAAGCAGGAGCUGUGGUGACAGAAAGCAGCACGCCAGAAGACGCUUUUCUGUUUUAAAACAAAAGAAGAAGAAGAACCCCCACCCAGCCCUCCUCCUUUUCCCUUGCCCCCCCCCCCCCCUCCUGUAUUUCUCUGUUUUACUUCCAAGACGCAGCAUUCAGCCGUUUACACGUCACAGAGGGACGCCGACACGCAACACACACCGGAACUGGACUUGAAAAGAUGGCCGACAGCCAGUGGCGGCUGAGUGGGGGUACGGGGGCGUCGGGUGGGGGGGGGGGGGGGGGGGGGGGGGUUGAUUUGGAGAAUGCCACAACACGAUAAUGAUGAUGAUGAUACCCAUGUGGGGUUUUUUUUCUUUUUUUAUUUAGUGUAUGUGGCAAACACACCUGCAUCAGACAGGUGCUCAGAAGGACACGCCCCCCUCCCUCGCCACCAUUUGUUCGUUCAUUACACCUUAACCGGCAGCAAACUCCAAACUCUCAAGCGUUUAUCCGUUCGCCCACGAUUUCUGUACGGGGCGUCUCGGGCUAUGGCAGGUUGCCUGGCAACCUCACGGUGAUGAUGCAGCUGCUGGUCGACAGAAAGUUCUCCCUGAAGAUUAUCACUGUUCAGCUAACAGUGACAUCAGUAAGGUGGAGGGAGGGGCUUGUUGGAGUGGGAGGGGUGUAUGGGAGGCGCUUGUUAGUCACAGUCAGGUGUGCCAUUAAAAAGCUGAAAGAAAGACGGCAGCAUAGUUUUCAGCCUACUCAACAGCUGUAGGUAGAAUGAUGUCAUCGCUGGAGGGUGGAGCUUCUGAGUCAGGAUAGAAGGAGCUUGUUAGGAUGGGAGGGGCUUGUGAGUACAGGAGGGCAGCAGUGAAAACAGGUUUGCCUUAAAAAAGUUCACAAAAUCAAAACUAUAUGGAGUUUUCAGACUGCAGUGACAUCGCUGGAGGAAUAAUGAUGUAAUGCUGGGGGGAGGAGCUGGUGAGUGGGAGGGGACUGUGAGUCACUGUGGGAGGGGCUUGUUAAUCCCAAUAGGAGGAGAUGUCCCUCAAAGCAAGACCUCAGUGCAGAUUUUUCCUCAAACUGCGAUAACCGGCUGUCUGUGGAUCAGCUGCAGGUGUGACAGGUGAGCUGAACGAGCUGAGUCUGGCUGACAUGACGCCUGUUUGAAACGCUACGAUCAAUCAGUUUGGAGUUUGCUGCCAAAUCACACACACACACAAACACACACACAGUCUCAGCGUCGGGGGGCGGAGCGUCGCGUUAGGCGGGGCUGUGGUAGGAGGGAUCAGUGUGUUUGUUUUAA